UUAAAAAUCAGUUUGAUUGGCCACAGGAAACGCAUUUUGGCAUCUCUUGGAGACAGGCUGCACGAGGACCCUCCACAGAAGCCCCCUCGGUCCAUCACCCUCAGGGAACCCAGUGGUAAUCACACUCCUCCUCAGUUGUCUCCAUCACUUAGCCAAAGCACUUACACCACUGGUGGCUCCCUAGACGUUCCUCACAUUAUCAUGCAGGGCGAUGCGAGGAGGAGAAGAAAUGAGAACUACUUUGAUGAUAUCCCCCGAUCCAAGCUGGAGAGGCAGAUGGCUCAGACAGGGGACUGGGGAGAACCUUCCAUCACCUUGCGACCUCCAAACGAAGCCACAGCCUCAACUCCAGUUCAGUACUGGCAGCAUCAUCCGGAAAAGCUCAUCUUCCAGUCCUGUGACUACAAAGCUUUUUAUUUAGGUUCUAUGCUGAUCAAAGAGCUUAGAGGGACAGAGUCAACACAAGAUGCCUGCGCAAAGAUGCGGGCUAACUGUCAGAAGUCUACAGAGCAAAUGAAGAAGGUCCCUACUAUUAUUCUUUCAGUCUCGUAUAAAGGAGUCAAAUUUAUUGAUGCAACAAAUAAGAACAUCAUCGCUGAACAUGAAAUUCGUAACAUCUCCUGCGCUGCCCAGGACCCAGAAGACCUCUCAACAUUUGCUUAUAUCACAAAAGAUUUGAAGUCCAACCACCACUACUGUCACGUGUUCACUGCCUUCGAUGUGAAUUUAGCCUAUGAAAUCAUCCUAACACUGGGACAGGCAUUCGAGGUCGCUUACCAGCUAGCUCUACAAGCCAGAAAAGGGGGCCAUUCUUCCACCCUUCCAGAAAGCUUUGAAAACAAGCCCUCCAAACCCAUCCCCAAGCCCCGCGUUAGCAUUCGCAAGUCAGUGCAGAUCGACCCUUCUGAGCAAAAGACUCUGGCCAAUCUGCCGUGGAUUGUGGAGCCGGGGCAAGAAGCCAAGAGGGGCAUUAAUACCAAGUAUGAAACCACGAUUUUCUGAUACUGCCCGCCGCCCCGAGUCCUUCGCGGUGCCUAGCUCGCCAAGCAGUCCCCGCAGCAGGCUUUCCUUCGCGCCUCCUCCUCCUCCUCCGUGUCCACCCGCCCCGGGAGGAAGACUGCUCAGCUCGCGUGGCCUCGUCACGGGCGGAAGGGAGCUUUCUGCCAGCGAGACUUUGCCGCCCCUAGAGGCGCGGGGUGGGGCGGCUGCGCGGGGCGCCCCGACUCCGCCGCCACCGCCUCCCUCCGAGGUACUGCUCAACUGCCCCGUUCUUGCUUUGCUUUAGUGGGGGGAGAAAUAACCUUUUUUUAAAAAGAAAGCGAAAGGGGGUAGGGGAGGUCUCCAGGACUGCCUCCAAGUCUAAAGCAUCUUGGGUUUCAGUUUUUUUUUCCACCGUCAGCCGGUUUGGAAGGGAAAGGCAGAACAGUACUAGCCGCCCCCACCCCGACCCCGACCCCCCAAAGCACCUGUAAAAUCAUUGUGAUCACUGAGUACAGUUUCAUGCAAAGAGACAAAGCAACCCUCACGAUUGCCAGGAAAUUCUGUCUCCCGAUUUCUAUAUUUGUGGAUUUUAUAUGUAAUCAACUAUGUCAGAUAAAGGAAACCUUUAUUGAAUGAUUCAAAAAUUUAAAAGUGAUUUAAAAACAGAGGAAUUUAUUAUGCACAGAAAAAAAUGUGUCUUGUAUUAAAUAUUUUUAUUAAAAGGAUGUUUCAUUAAUGCAUUCAUAAGAACACUGCGUUUGUUGUGCGGGAUGUUUCUGGUUUCAAGUGACUCCAUCUCUACUGUUUUGAGAACUGGCCCAGGUGUGGCGAAACUCUGAGGCCGUCCCUGGAGCAGGAAAUCGGGCUUGCGCUAGGGGUGACCCCAGUGUCGACGCAGCCGCAGCCCGCACAAGCGGUUUAUAGGGAUUUUUUGGGUUUCUUUGUUUUAACCUUCGAGGUGUUUUAAAGAACAUGUUUAACAAAAAAUAUAAUCUAGGGCUUCUGCUGUCAAGAUUUCUGUCAUGGAAACCUUGUUUGAGAAUGGUGUUAAUAAAAUUCUAUUGCAAAAUUUUUUUCUAGAAAAAAAUAAAUAACACAAAAAAAGAAGAAAUUCCAAAGUAAUAAAGACUUUUCUUGAAACAGAUUAAAAAAAUGUUUGCUUACUAUUUGAUUAAAUAAAUUUACUUACGUUUCUUUAAGGUAUUUUAAUUUUUUUAAUGUCUCUGUGGAGUAUUUGUAUGAUACCAUAAUGUAUAUUUCUGUAGAAUCAAAUUAUAUAAACAGUACCAAUAUCAUUAUAGAAAAAUAACAUUUUAAUGUAUAUUGUUCUAACCGAUCAUAUUGUGAAUCAUUUUGAAGUUCAUUAUAGCGAUAUUGAUAAAUUGUGAACUUGUCUUAAUGUUUUUUUUAUUAACCAAUAUUAUUUUAAACCUGAGAUUAUCAUAUUCAUCAGUUGGUGAGUUUUGAAGAAAAACUAAAUUUCAUUUCAACUGACAAAUGUAUAUGGUUUUAGUUCAGUGUUGGAGAAUUUUAAUACAAUAUUAAAUUACUUGAACUGAAUAGUUCCUUGUAUAUAUUUUGCCUAUUCACUGUUGAUAUGUAUGUAGUAAACGGAGAGGAAAAUAACACUAAAAUAUGGUACCAAAAGGAACUUGUAUAGGAACGCAGCAGCCGGUGGCUUUGCCGAGACACACGCAUAUGUGUAAAUAAGCUUGGGCUUCCAGUUAUAAAUUUUGUAAUUUUUGUCAUUAUUUAUAUCCUAUUAA